AUGCCGGCGGGGAUGUUCAGCAUAGAGAGCAUAUUGUCCGGACGCACAGGCUGCAAAGAGCCGCUGUUGCUGCACCGCAGCCCCGUGCUGCUGUCGGGCCUCACGGACUCCAUCUACCCAGAGUAUAACGGACUGUACUCGGCCACAUGCGGACCGUCUGCUCCCGGGGUGCAGCCCGUCAGCGGGACGCGCUUAGGAUAUAACAGCUACUACUACGGACAGCUGCAUUUGCAGGGCCCCGGGGUCCAGGGGCCCGGAGCACCGCCCUGCUGCGGCUCUGUGCCCGGGCUCAGCCCGCAGCAGUGUCCCUGCAUCCCCCCGGGCUACGACAGUCCCGCCUCGGUGCUGCUGUCCCCGGUGCCGCAGAUGAUGUCGUACAUGAACAUGAGCAGUUUGUCUCGGACGGAGCUGCAGCUGCUCAACCAGCUCCACUGCCGCCGUAAGCGUCGUCACCGGACGAUCUUCACCGACGAGCAGCUUGAGGCGCUCGAGGGCCUCUUCCAGGAGACCAAGUACCCGGAUGUGGGCACACGGGAGCAGCUGGCCCGAAAGGUGCACCUGCGCGAGGAGAAGGUCGAGGUUUGGUUCAAAAACAGACGCGCAAAGUGGAGGAGGCAGAAGCGCUCUUCGUCAGAGGAGUCCGAGAACGCGCAGAAAUGGAACAAAACGAACAAACUGUGUGCAGAAAAAGCGGAGGAGAGUAAGAGCGAGGCGGACUCUGACAGCUGA